GCCGCAGGCUAGGCACGGGUUGCGGGCCCAGGUGCCACCGUGGGUGCCUCCUACGUCCCCACCUCCUGCCCCCGGGCUACCGGCCUGUCCCCGCCCCUCCGCCUGACUGCAGGUGAAGCAGCCAAGGCCGCUGAGUAGGUGCGUGGGGAUGAUCUCACCCGCGCGCUCCGCGCCAGGAGGAGGAGGAGCGGGAGCAAAUCCAACUUCCGGGUAGUGAAGCCGCAAGCCACCGGCAUCUUGCUUUUUCUUUCCCCUCCCCCCACUGUACCCCUCGCCUCUCCCUCCUUUCCUUUUAUUCCCGGCCCCACCUGCCAAAAUGAACAGCUCGGACGAGGAGAAGCAGCUGCAGCUCAUCUCCAGUCUGAAGGAGCAAGCAAUAGGUGAAUAUGAAGACCUCAGAGCAGAGAACCAGAAGACAAAGGAGAAGUGUGACAAAAUUAGGCAAGAACGAGAUGAAGCGGUUAAAAAACUGGAGGAAUUUCAGAAAAUUUCUCACAUGGUUAUAGAGGAAGUGAAUUUUAUGCAGAACCAUCUUGAAAUAGAGAAGACUUGUCGAGAAAGUGCUGAAGCUUUGGCAACAAAGUUAAAUAAAGAAAAUAAAGCAUUGAAAAGAAUCAGCAUGUUAUACAUGGCCAAGCUGGGGCCAGAUGUAAUAACUGAAGAGAUCAACAUUGAUGAUGAAGAUUCAACCAUGGACCCUGAGGGUGCUGCCGAGACUUGUGUCUCAGUACAGUGUCAGAAGCAAAUCAAGGAACUUCGAGAUCAAAUUGUAUCUGUUCAGGAGGAAAAGAAGAUAUUAGCCAUUGAACUGGAAAAUCUCAAGAGCAAACUUGUAGAAGUAAUUGAAGAAGUAAAUAAAGUUAAACAAGAAAAAGAUGUUUUAAAUUCGGAAGUUCUUGAACAGAGAAAAGUCUUAGAAAAAUGCAAUAGAGUGUCCAUGCUAGCAGUAGAAGAGUAUGAGGAAAUGCAAGUGAACUUGGAACUGGAGAAGGACCUUCGAAAGAAAGCAGAGUCGUUUGCACAAGAGAUGUUUAUUGAACAAAACAAGCUAAAGAGACAAAGCCACCUUCUGCUACAGAACUCUGCUCCUGACCAGCAGCUUUUGAAAGCUUUAGAUGAAAAUGCAAAACUUAUACAGCUCCUUGAAGAAGAGAGAAUUGAGCAUCAACAAAAGGUCAAAAAAUUAGAAGAGCAGCUACAAAAUGAAACUCUCCGCAAAGAGAUGCACAACCUCAAACAGCAACUGGAGCUUCUAGAAGAAGAUAAAAAAGAAUUGGAAUUGAAAUAUCAGAAUUCUGAGGAGAAAGCUAGAAAUUUAAAGCAUUCCGUCGAUGAACUCCAGAAACGGGUGAACCAGUCUGAGAAUUCGGUACCUCCCCCACCUCCUCCUCCACCACCGCUUCCUCCUCCCCCUCCAAAUCCUAUCCGAUCCCUCAUGUCCAUGAUCCGGAAGCGAUCCCACCCCAGUGGCAGUGGUGCUAAGAAAGAAAAGGCAGCUCAACCAGAAACAGCUGAAGAAGUCACAGACCUGAAGAGGCAAGCAGUUGAAGAGAUGAUGGACAGAAUUAAAAAGGGAGUUCAUCUCAGACCAGUUAAUCAGACAGCUAGACCCAAGGCAAAGCCAGAAUCUUCAAAAGGCUCUGAAAGUGCAGUGAAUGAACUAAAAGGAAUACUGGGGACACUUAACAAAUCCACUAGUUCAAGAAGCUUAAAAUCCCUUCACAUUGAAAACAGUGAAACUGAGUUAGAAAGGAUUUUGCGUCGCAGAAAGUUGACAACAGAAGCAGAUAGCAGUAGUCCAACUGGAAUAUUAGCCACCUCAGAGUCCAAAUCCAUGCCAGUGUUGGGUUCUGUAUCCAGUGUAACAAAAACAGCCUUGAACAAGAAAACUCUGGAGGCAGAAUUCAACAGCCCGUCCCCCCCAACACCUGAGCCAGGUGAAGGGUCGUGUAAAUUGGAAGGAUGCACAAGUUCCAAGGUUACAUUUCAGCUCCUAGCUUAGAGGUCUUAUUCUGAUGCAAAGCAGACGUGUAUAAAGAGAAUUCCAUCCCUAAGCUGGUUUGGUAAAAUCAGAUUCUUCUUCUACACAAAGAAUUGACUUGGAUGAUCCUUAUUCAGCAUCAGAAGACACUUAAUCAUCCUUUCAAGAUUAAAUACUUAGGUCAUCCCUCUUAAUGGUUCACGAGCAGCCAAAGAAGAUACUAGAUCUUCAAACUUACUUUGAAGGGUAUGUUUUUACAGCCUUAUUUUCUAAUUCUCAAAGAUGUGCCUUAAUAUUGCUCUAUUCUGAGACUGAAAACACGCUAUGUAAAGAGUUACCUAUAUAUGGCUUGAAAGUGGCACUUUGAUUGACAAAGAAUUAAUCCUGCUAUUGAAUGUGUUUCAGACAGAUCUGGUGGAGGAUCAGUUUGUUUUAUAACAAUGGCAAGCUCUUUUUGAAAUUAGUCUAGUUUUGCUUUAGUUCUCUUGCCAGGAUGUCAGCUGGUUUGUCACAUAAAGAAAAGGAAGAGGUGAGACAAAUCAGAUCAGCAAAUAUUGUAAUCAUGGUUAAUUAAACCUUUGAUUUUCCGUUCUGUCAGGGGAGAAAGAACCCUUUUUUGUAGCUGUACCUGUCUUAGUUUAAAAGGUGAAGCCUGGACAAAUGAAGUUGCAAUUCAGUUUAGAUCUAUUUUUGCCAACUGGUAUUUUCUUCCAGUCUUGCGUUUCUCUUAUUGGUACUGUUAACUUUUUUCCCCUCUUUUGGAAUGAAUGACCUUCUUUGCUGAUUUACAGUUUUAUCUAAUUUCAUUGUGUUUAAAAAGUACAUUUUCUCCUGCAGUCAUGUGUUUUCUUUCUUUUGACUGGAGUCAUUUGAACAGUUCUAACAGAAAAAUGAUCUAUAUUCAUUCUUCGUCUGUCCUAUUAAAUUUGUUUAGCACCUAAUUUGACACCAACAGUCUGGCUGCAUUUGAACCAGUAUCCAGACACAAAGGCAAUUUGGCUGAGACAACUUAGUUUCUGAGAAAUGCUAUAGUGUGUGUGUAUAGAUUUUUUUUUCCUUUACCAUUUUACACAGAUAAUCUUAAUCAGAAAAUACUGCAACUCCUUCCUUCUUUUGUCUGCCUUUUAUUCUCCAAAAGUAAGUGGAAAUUACAUUUCCAAGAAAGGAAAUGAAAUAAUUGCAGACCCAAGGUCUGCAAAAUGUGUGCUGAAUUGACAGUGAAAAGGAUCCAUUUGUUGACAGACACGGUUGUUAGAUGCCAUAAAGGCCUAUGUGAAGCUCAAUUUAUUUCUCAUCUUGCUUGUUCAAUGACUGUUUAAGAGACACGUUUCUAUUUAAUUUAUCUACUUAAAGCACUAAUACAAAUACUCUGUGCUGCUGUAUUAACUUUUAAACUUUGUAAUCUAAUGCUUGAUUAUUCAGUUCUUGACAUGCUUUAGCUGAAAUAACUAACGCCAUGCAUUUUCAUAUUGACAGUCAUUUACCAAAGAAGAGUGCCUUUCUGAAAAAGUGUUUCUUAAGUACAAUUAGACUAUCCAAAUGAAUCCAAGUGUCUUGUGUAUGUACAUGGUAAUUAUUCACUUCCCAGACGUGCUUCAUUCAUUUAUGUUUAAACCUAGCUUUUUAGUGAGUAAAAGAACUUAAUGUGGUCAUAUGUAAGCUUUAAAAGUAAAAACUCAUGGGAUUUCUCAGGAUUCCCUGAAAGAGGUUUAGCUACCAGGAAUGAGAAGGGUUAUUUUCAGGCUGUUUCUGGCUGGCUUUGGCUAGCAGGUUCAUUCUGUUAUACUAGCCAUAAGGUAGAGGCAACCACAUUGUCUUACCUCAUAGACCUGAUUUGUCACUUUGAAGUGAGAUCAGCAGUUAAAAAGUGCAAAUGUUCCCUUUGCUUUUAAAAAGUGCCUUUGCUCUCUGGUAAUGGCACCCUUAUUUUGAUCUGUGGCGACACCACCUUAGUGUUUUUCAGGUGAGUGGUAUUAUCGGCUCUUGACAGGGAAUCAAGGUCAAGGGAGGAUAUCAAUCACAGUAGGCUCUAAUGCAUUACAUUAUUGCGAACACACACACACACACACACACACACACACACACACACACACACACACAGAGUCCCUGCCAUUCUUACGCUCCCUUCCACCCUCCACUUUGGCCUCUCUGGCCUAGAAUCAUUCCACCCCAGCUCUUUGCUUUUGCUAUCCCCUUUGCCUCAGAUGCCCUUCCCCCAGUAGCUGCACUAUCUCACCUCUGUCAUUUCUUUGCUCAAAUGUCAUCUUUUCAAUGAGACCUACCUACCCUGACCACCCUAUUUAAAAUUGUAACUCAACUCCCUUAAACUCUGAUUCUCCCUUACCCUACUCCAUUUUCCCCCAUAACAGUUAUCUUCUAACGUAUUACAUACUUUAUUUAUUAUAUAUAUGCUUAUUUUCUCUCUUCCCCUCCUAGAAUGUAAACUCCAUGAGGGUAGGACAUUUUUUUGUCACUGGUGUAUCUCAAACACCUGGAAAAACUCCUGCCUUAUGGUAGGCUCUCAGGAAAUACUUGUUGAAUAAAUGAAUGAAUGAAUAAAUACAUUUUUAGUAUCAAUAAAACAGCAGAAUAUCAAUUAAUUAGAAUACUCAGUUAACCAGCAUUCCCCCAUUAUUCAGCAGUCACACAUAUACACAUAUAUGUGUACAUAAAUAUUAGAUAUUUUGGUUUAUUUGGUUGCUUAUUUGGGUUUUUAAACAUUUUUUAAAUGCCUAGGAGUCAUUUACAUUCAGUUUUGCAUAUCUUCUGCAUCUUUGAACCUAUACAAGAUAAAGUUAUCAGAGACAACAGAAUACCCAGUUGUAAAAGAAAGAUUCGGCUGUGCUCACUGCCUCAGGUGGACAGGAAAGUUUGCUAACCUACUAAGAAAACUUUUAAAGUGAAGGAAGAAAUAAAGAUGUUUUCUGCAUAAGAUCUUCACUUACCCAGAAAAUUAAAUAGCAUCAGGCUAUUCCCAGAAAGUUUAUUUUCCUUUUAAUUCCUAAAAUCAACAUAUGUGUAUGUUCCAAAUUACUGAGUAACUUCUAUCUGGUAAAUUGUAGAGCCAGAGAGAUAUAUGGAUUUAUUUCUUAGGAACUUAUGAGACAGCAAGAGACACCUUUAAUACUUAAUUGCAAGGAUUAAUUAAAAUUAACAUUCUUGUCACCAGUCUGAGCAAGCAGGGUUUUUUUUUAAGCAAAAAGAAGAAAAAGAAAAAGAUAAUCAGGUCUUGGAGAAGCCUAAUUGUUUCUAUUUAUCUUUCAAUAAUAGCUUUAGAAAUAUUUGUGUCCUCAAUUAUUUCUAAUGAAUACAUACUAUCUAGUAAUAAUAUCUUAAAUCUAACAGUGAAUUUGAAUUUCAUUAAUUCCGAUUAGUUGUUACUCAAACAGGAAUUAUGCUCAUAAUCUCCCUUUAUGCCAUGAGAGGUAAAGAGCUGACCAAGCGAAUGGAGAGUAUAAGCCUUAUUUUUGCUUUCGUGCUCUUCCCUUCUGAUCCAAAAUAUUCUGACAGUGUUAAAAUAGAGUAAGACUCAUUGAUUCAAGCUAAUCAAUGGCUGGGAUGGUCAAUGUAAAAUAGGGAAAAUUCCAAAUUAUAGGAUUUUUAAAAGAUAACGAUUCCAUUACUUUCAGACAGCUACAGUAAAUAGGCUAACUGGAAAUAGGCUAACUGAGUGUUGCACAGGGUCAAAAAAGCCAAGAAUGAUUUGUAUUUUCACCAGGAAAAGCCUGUAGACUGGACGAGGAGUAACAAGGAAACACAGCAUGAUCCGUUUUCUAAAUCAGUGUCUUUCCACAUAUGCACAGUGUGGCGAGCAGCACUGAAUUAUUUCCAGAACUCCAGCUCUACAGUGAGACCUCGGGUUCGGAUCUUGGGUUUGCUAUUUAUUAUCUUUAUGACCUCGGGCAAGUUAUUUAAUCACGUGGAAGAUGAGGGUAAUGAUACCUACCUUGUAGGGUUGUCACGUAAAUUAAAUAAUUUAUGAAAAAUAUUUCAAUAAAUUCUUUUUCUAUCUUAAUAUAAAAUUAUAAUGCUGGGGCAUUACUGGAUUAUCAAGGACAAAAGUUAGAGUUGAAAGCUUAGGUACUGAACACCUGGCUUAUUGACUGGGCCAGGUUUCCUUGGGAAAAUUAUGUAACCUCUGUGUUUUGUUUUUGUUUUUUCACUUUUUGUUGUACUGUUUUUCUUAUCUAAAAUUGAGGCAAGUAGAUGAAGCACUCUCCAGAGUCUCUUUCAGCUCUAGAAUCCCAAUAAUUCCUCCCAAAUGUGGUUGCUUGAUAAAGAUGUUCACAGUUAAGAUAAAGAACAAGAGUUAAGCACAUAGUUUUUACCCCCAACGUGUCUCUCAGUAUAGAUUUACAGUAAAACACAAACCUAGAAAUAUAAAAUAAGUUUUUGAAAAAUUUUAAUUUUCAAACUACAUCUUAGGAACUUACAAAUCCAGAUUGAAAUGAUUGUUAUCCUUCAGGGUUAUAUUCUUAGGGGUCAGGAUACUCAUUCCAACCCUGUCACUAUUGCUCCAAAUGCUUUUAGACCUAUUUGGAUUAGAGAUACCUGACCACAGAGGAAAUAAAUUGGACAGUCUUUCCUAUCCAUUUAUUCUGGGGUGGAAAAAGUGGGUGAGAAGUAAAGAGUGCUUUAGAGCCACUUGGCGGGUUGUGUAAGAGAAUUAGUGUCAGUUUUUAUCUUGGUCAAAAAAUGAUAUGGCCCAUUUUAACCACUACUGUAUGUUCAACAUAUGUUUCCAAAUGACUUUGGCUUUUGCUAGUUCAUUCAGUUUUUGGAAAUGGCCAUCAGUUUGCCACCAUUGCAGAUGCAUUUUUUAAAAUGUGACACAGACCCAUGACAUGUCUCCCAGCCGUGUGUACAGAAAAGUACCAUGCAAUACAGUCAAGCCAAAGCUUGCUUCUUGAACUCCAGUUAGGUUGACAAGUUCCACAUUUACACAUUCUGGGGCGUUGAUUUAAAGGGUAACUAGGAAGUCAGUAUUUCAGAAGCAAACGUAAGUUGAGCAAUAAGUAAGAAAAUGCAAGUAUAAUUCCUAGCUAUGGGUAGAGUUGUCUUCCAUUUUAAUCCUGUGUGAGGUACCUGAGACACGUUAGCUCUGUUAUCCACAGAAUGAGGAGAUCUGAUGAUCUCGAGUGAUGUAAGUGAAGUGAAUUGGGAAAACAUUUGGGGGUAAAAGCCUACAACCUUCCAUUGUAUAUGUUUCGCCUCUUUAUUUUUAAAAUUUUCUGUUACUCUUUAUCGAUAUAUAUUAAUAUAUAUCCAUAUUAUAAUAGCGUUCAUCUGAGAGGAAAUGUGCUUACAUCGCUAUAAGCAGGAUGUCUAUGUUGAUUAUAGAUGGAGGCUAUGAGUAACGAGCCAGUUUCCAAUUUGGAAUUUGCUUUGGUGAUGUUUUGUUGUUGUUACUAUCGUUUCACUAACAUUUAUGAAGCCAGUACUUUUAUGUGUUGUUUUAAUUCUUCCAAAGGUGCUGAGGUUUAGUGACAUAAACAAUUUGCCCAAAAUUCUGUUCCUAAUCGAUAAUUGGGUCAGAUUUCAUUUGAACCUUCUUCAUUCUAACUUCAGAGCCCAUGCUUUUGAGCUAUAGCAUACUGCGUUGAGUGUAUUAGAGCUGUAGGAAUGGAAGGGAAGAAAAUGACUCUAAGGUUUCUUCUGUAGGAAGCAAUGAUUCUGUAGUUAAAUUGCUCCAUUUGCCCUAUUCACAUCCUGCUCCUCUGACCCUACAUACUCACAGAUAGUGUCAUCUCUUCCUUUUUCUUUCCUCUUCCUAAGGCUAAACUAAGCAAUUAAUAUAUCUUUUGCCAAGGGAAGAAAAUGUUACCCAGUAAAGCAAAGAAUUCUGAAAAGGAGAGCCAAUCUGAAUUAGCAAGAAGACUUAAAAGAGAUUUGGAAAGAAAUUGUUUUAGUGUUUUUCAUGUCAAAUGGCCAAUAAAGGGGCAUGCUUCACAAAUAAACUUUUGGAAAUUACCAUAUUAGAAUACCAGCCUAAGCUCCUUUAAUCUUUGGCAUAAGUUUCAUGUACACAUUUUUUAUUUAUUUACAUUUCAAACAUGCUGAAGAUUAGUUCAUUCCCAGAAGUCAAAUACCUUGAAAAUACCUGACUUGAAUCACUGGAUUAGAAAGGUGUUUUACUAAAUGAUAAUAUGACAAUAUAAAGAUGAAUCACUGUGAAUACAGUUGUUUUAAAACAUACAUUCUACAGCCCCAAAUAAAUUUCACUGUUGCAUCCACUUUAUGCUGCACCUCUGUGAGUCAGCUCCACCUUUGGUCAAUUACUGGUUAGCUCCUUUGAGUUUGUGGCGUAGUGUCCAUUGUCAUCAUAUUUUAGAACAUCUCUGUUUUAAAGAAAGGCAGGACAAAUGGGCCUGCAGUAUGGAGAAAGAGACAAGCAGAUCUUACAAGAGUUCUACAUCACAAUCAGGCAGAGACCCAAGAGUAUCUUGUGUUCUCACAGUCUUGCUUUUUUGUCUCUGAACAGUCUCAUCUAGAAGUGGCCUUACUUGUCUGUAUUGAGCUUUAUUCAUCUGUGCUCACUUUUUCUAUUAAUUACUUUCAGAAAGGUGAAUAUCCGCCUGACAGUUACAGUUAAACAAGGGAGUCAACCUCAAGGAUGAUUUGUCAUUUCACCUAGUUACAUCUCUAGAACCUUGCUUCAAAGGGGAGAACCCAGUUUCCAUUGUAACUGGUGUGAUUUGCAGUGAUUUCAUAGCUGUGUCCUCAUCUCUUGGUCAUUCUCAAAGAUGCUUUUAAGCCACAAUUGCCAGAGACCCUUCCAGUUAAUACUUCUCUAAUUCAUCAUGCCCCUCUUCAACCCCAGAGCUCCCCAAAACUCUAAGCUUUAUCAAGCUCUUUAAAAUUUCCUUUUCAACCAUCAGACAGGCGGCUAGCGUGCCUUUUUUGUUUGGGAGGUCAAAACGGGUCACAUUGUGCCCUAGAAGAAUUUAAAAAACAAAAACCUAUGUAGCAAUUACAGGACUUCAAUUUCAGUAGAAAAAUGACCGUUUCCAGUGCAGCCAUUUUUAUUUUAAUUUGCAUUUAAUUUCUAGGUCUGUGGUGUCUCUAAAUACGUGUGACCUGUGGCCCCGCACAGAUUAAUUCUUGUAAGAUUAAUUUUUGUAAAUGAAAUUGAAAGGUAUUGCUCUUUUGCAUUGCAGCUGGAGAAUCUGAGCUUUUGAAAUAUGUUACCAAAUAGAAAUUGAGAUUCUUCACUUACUUUAGAGGGAUUUGGGUCAACAUUUUGUUCAGAUGGAAAAUAGAGAAGUUUUUAGUGCUUGUGGUGGAAAGAAUAGGUUUUCUUCCUGUUACUCCCAACUCUACCAUUUCCUCCUCCUCCUCUCCUCUUUUCUCUCCUUUUGUGUAUGUGUGCAUAUGUGUAUUUGCAUGCAUGGUGCGAGAAAGGAGGGCACCUUCCCUGUACUUAGCAAACAUUUGUUUCUGAGAAGAGACUACUAGCUAGCAAAUGAACUGCAUGGAAGUUACUGCUUAAUCUGAUGCUCUUAUACAAUUAAAGGAUUUGCUGUGCUCUCAACUGUAAUCUUAGUACGGCUGAAUUGUGUACUGACACUGCAGGAAACAGCUCUGCUCAGCAAAGCACUACUACAAAGGUUCUCCAUGUGUUCCUGUACAUGGACAAUUAAGUUUUAACAACAAAAUUAGCAGAAGAACUGGAUGUUCUGGAAGUUGAGAUCUCCUCACUCAGUCUCUUUUUCCUCCCCCCUCCAAAGGAGUUUUCCUGUGGGCUGCCCAGAAGAUCCGCCUGUCAGUUUUGUCUUACAGGUGUUCUGAGUUGCCUUACAGACAGCAGCUUCUUCCACAUUAAUUGUUGAGGCUAUAUUACACCUAGUGUUAAAGUUCUGUUGCGUAAAUCUCAAAAUAAUUGUUAAAAUGCUGCUGAGUAAUUGUCAAUUCUCUCAAAGAAUUAAUUGCCUUCUAACAUUUGCCUCCAGUUGCAAACACCUAUGGUUUUAAGAGACUUAGCAUAAAAUAUAUCAUUUCUCCAUGGAGAACCAUAUUGCUUUUGGUGCUUUGUCAUUUUUUUAAAACAUUUUUCAAUAGUCUGCAGUAUUUGUGUUUCCUUUUAUUUUUAUAUAGUGGAGUAGUGGAGACUUAAAAUUUAUUCAAAUAGAAGUCUGGCUAAAACUUAAAUGCAAUUUCAGAUCUGAGGAUAAAUUGACUUAAUUUCUGAAACCUGAUAAAUGCUUUUCAUUUAAAAUAUAUUUUGUCAUAUAACUGUAUGAAAAGUAACACACUGAAUGCUUCAUGACUUCCUGUCUUAAAAGAGAGUUUAAAGUAUAUAAUAUAGUAAAUUUAAAGAAAAAUCUUUUAAAAUUUAAAAAACAUUGCUCUGAAAAUUAAGAAUGAAAAUGCAAACAUUCUGUGCAUGGCAGCUUUCUUGAGGAGCCAGUGUUAUUUAUAUAUGGUGUCUCUUGUGGAAGCCUUUAUGUUCCUUAAAAUAUCUCUUUUAAAUAAUAUUCACAUUUCAUAGCUGAGAUCUCAAUGGAUUUUCCAUGGUGACUUAAAGUUGUACAAAAUUACAAAAAGCUUAAAAAGUAGCCAAAAAAAGUAUCAUACACAUUUAAGAAUCUUUGCCUGUGCUAAAAUCAGUCGUAGUUCAUGCUUUAUCAUUGAUUUUGCUGGCGAGAAUGGUCCAGUUUCCUGAGCCUCCCUGGGCCAGUGUAUUUUGGAAUCUGUAAAUGUGCACAGUCCAGCUUACGCUAGAAGAAUAAAAGAACUGGGACAAGGCUUCGUAACGUGCACUGUGGUCUGAGAUAUAACCCGUGCACUGAGAUGGCUGUGCUGCAGUUUUUCCACCAAAGAAACUAUGGCUCAGUGUGGACACAGAGGUCUUUGCCCAGCCAUUGUUACCUCUGUUAAAAAGGAAUUCUUGUUAAUCUUAUGGCAAAUUAGCAUCUAGAAGCUGAUGUCAGAUUUUCAACCAUGGCGGUAUUCUGUUGUUUACCAAUAUUAUUUUUCAUAAUUUAAAUGCUACCUAUUUUUCCCUCAAAUAGAAGCUGACCCAAAUUGGCAAACUAAUUUAUUCUUUGCACUAAAACGCAGUUUCAAAAGGUACACAAAGCCAAAAGAAAUUAGCUUCGUUUUUUCUACCUUCAUUAUAUUUAAAAGUAUUAGAAUUAGCAAUAAUAUAGAAAGUUUCAUCUUAUGUUUGAAAUUUUAUUUUGGUAAGUUUUGGAUAAGUGUGUUAAAAUAUCCUGAAAAAUAGGAUGUCUGAGAGAAACAAUAAAAACUACCUCUGUUGUAAUGCCACUACUGUUCACUGCUGUAGUAACUGUAUAAAGGGCUUGGGGGGAAAAAAAGUAAGACUUCUUAUUUUUACACAAGGGAGGAUAUAAAACUGACUUCCUCUUUGGAGUUUUCCCAGGAAACUACUUUAUAAAGACAAAUUUAAAUCUUGCCGUUUUCUACCCUUGAAGGUGGUAAAUAUGAUUGUAGCUUUAUCCAUUUUUAUUGUAAAUGAAACAGAGUUCAGACCAUCCGGCUGUGCGUCAUCUGUUGGAUGGCUGCCACAGACUAAUGCAGGCGUCCCACUGGGAGACCAGAGAAGAACUAUACUUUGAUUCACCAGAUUGUGUUAAAUAGUCCAGCUGUUGCGAUUUGAAAGAUAGUUACCUCAGAAGUGAAAUAGAAAUGAACUUGACAUUUAUGCCUCAAACCAUUUUUACACUGUUUGGCAGUCAGCUUUUCAGAGGUAGCAUUUUAUAAAAUAACUCUCACUGCUUAAAAGUUUCAUUCACUGUAAUGUUCAAAAUGUCCCACCUUUAUAUUAUCAGUAGAAUUAAGCUUGAGUGAUAUGCAGAAUUUGCAUGAAAUAAGCAUUUUCCAACUUCAUUUCGUGAGCUUUGAUUGUAUUCAGUUGAGCUCAGAACCAUGUCUAUUAGGACUCUUUUGGGCAUUAGUUAAUUUGAAUUGCAGCUGAAAUGUUAGCUCGAAUGUUGCUGAAUAUAAUUGGAAUGUGGAAAGUCGAUUUUGAAAGGAAUUUCAUUGAAUGCAAACCAUGAUGUGCUUUUUAAAAAUUCGAAUGCUGCAAUUUCAUCUCCUGUAACACAGUCUGAUAAGUCACUGAGUCCCUUUACUAUAAAGUUCAACUUUGGCAAUACCGUUUGCAGCUGUUCUGAUUCUUCUGGUACCAGUACCAGUUGGAGUCAGCAGGUGGCCUCAUCUGCCCCAGCCCUACCUCUGGCCCUCUUGGAGGUGGGGGAGAAGUAACUGCUUUGUGAAAGAGCAACCAAGUUGUACUUGGGCAUCAGGCUUCACAGAGUGGUAUAGAUUGAUAUAUUGUCUCCUAGCUUUUAUUUUGCUUUUGGGUUUUUCUUUUUGUCUUGAAAUAGCACUUAACAAAUGAUUUAAAAUGACCCAUGAAAAUAUCUAUUUGAUUGGGUUAAAAAUCACAAGCAGUAUGUUGUGGUAAGAAAAAAAAGUACUGGACAGGAAGUCAAGAGUCCACAAUUUUAAUCCUGUAUCUGCUGUCAACAAAUUGUGUGCCCUUGGACAAAUCAUGUAACUCACUCUUGUUUGGUGUCUUCACCUGACAAAUGAAAAGGCUGGACUAGUUCAUGUCAGCAAUCCCUCUCAGACUGAACAUUCCAUGAUUUUAGUCUUUAUGUCACCUAUAAAAUUUAAGUUUUACUUGGAGAUUUUGCAGCCUACAGGAGAAGGUCUGCCGUACGUUUUAUGAAUACUGAAUUUUAAUUCCGUAUUUGUGGUCAUUGCUCUUAGAUGAAGAAUUAAAGAAGAAAAAUUGAAUGGAACAAUAGUAUACGGCAAUUCCCAUUGGAUUGUUGCAUUUGAGCAGCUGGGAUUUUCACCUUGGGGGAGAAGCUUCAGAUUUAACCUUGUAGAACCUGCCACUAUGGCUGCCUAGAGCAAGAGCCUGGGUUCUUGGCAACAUCACUGAUGGAGCUUUCUGGCUCUUCCCAUGAGAUGGGAAUGGAGUUAGAAAUGAAGCCUAGGAGGAAGGCCCUUCAUUCCAGAAGGAGCCCUGGGCAGCUCCCUAUGGGAACCAGGAAUGGACUUAAUGAUGUCAAACCAGGAAGAGCUAGCUUUAAGUCACAAAGGAAAAAAAAAAAAACAACAAAAAACGAGGGGUAGCUUGAAGGGAUGGAUUUUAUAUUUAUAGUUCUGAAAGAUGAAGCUGAAAACAGGGAUUCAGAAAGAAUCAGUAAACAUGCCAGAAUUAGCCUGUGGCAUCAUUAUCGUGUUUUUGGAAGAUGCCUUUGGUAAAUAGCUGUGUGAUGUUGUGGAAAAAUCAGGAACAGGAAGAUAGGAGCUUCUGAUUCUUGUCCUGGCUCUGCCACUGAUAAGCUGUAUAAUUUUAGGUCAGGCUUUCCCUCUCUCCAAACCUCAUCUUCCUCAUCUGUAAAAGCACUAGUUGGACUAGAUGAUUGCCAUAGUCCCUUUUAGCCUUAAGCCAUUGGGAUUCCAAGUCAGUGGUCAUUAUCUUCAAGAAAGUAGUUACUCUGAUUCUCAACACAUAAUUUUCCACUGUGCCAAGUUCAGUGAUAAUAAAGGUGUUCUCAAAUUGGAGUGUACAGGUGACUUAAUAAUAGAUUAAUCUAUUAUUAAGAAGCCUACUUCAGGAAAGAACAGUUCUCUGGACUGAGACAAUUCCAGGACAGUUUCAGCCUGGCAAUACAAAGUUUCUGAGUUUUCAGUUCAGUCAACAUCAUUUGUUGCUGUUGUGGAGCCCUGAGAGCUCCCUCGAAGUUUUCAGCCUCCAGCUGAUGAAGAAAGCAUUUUAGGAUGUGUUUACCACCCCUUCAUCUGCAGACACACAUGGGCAUGAGAACUUCCAUGGUAGUUCUACAAAAGUGAUGAAGGUCAGUAUGGGUUGAUGGAAGUUGCUCACCUAGAAUGAGAUGGAUACUUCCUUUGCAUGCGUAGAGCAGACUGGCUGGCUUCUAUACAAUGAGGCUUAGACCCAGGGUAGUGGAACCACACUGGGGACUUGACCAGCAGACUUUGUGUGGCUUUGACUGUAACAACUUUAGCUAGGCCAGAACUUGGAACUGCAUUUCCGAAAAUUCCCUUUCCCAUUUGUUUCCAGGUUAGGGUUGUCUACAGGAGAAAUUUGCACGAGAUUUAGAAAGUGGGAGUGACAUAAUAGUCUUCUUUUUUUUUAAUGCUCCCAAAAGUCUGCGUAGGGCAGGCUCUUUUACAAUUCAUGCGCGUUGUCACCUAGUUGGCAUGUGGCACAGCUGGCCCACAGUUUCUCCAGCUCCCCACAUCUCCCUUCCAGCUUCCCCAAAUCUUAGGCCAGGUGCAUGUGCAAAUUCCAUGUGGAAGGGCUCCAGUUUAUCCUGCAGCUCAUCUGCAUCAUCGGGAUUGGUGACUGUGAAAGACAGGUGCUGCUCUGGUUUGUCCUCAGCUUCCUGCCACUUUUCACCCAAGUUCCUUUUCAGCUGCAAGACCUGCUGAUUUCAGGCCCAGCAUAAUACACAGAGGCAACAGACUCACGUAGACUGCCUAACUAACUCACUCGCUCCAUUGCCUGAGGUCUAAUGCCUAUAAUGAAUCCUUUAUGCCAUUCAUGGGGGUUUUGCUUCUCUGACCAUAGCCUAAUGGACUGAGCCUUCCAGGUGUUGCCUGGGUCAGAGAAAGUCAAGCCAGAUACCAACUACAUCCCAUAUUGAUUCCCAACGCACAGUAACAGAUAUCUUGAGAAGUGGAUGGGCCAAGGUAGAUGGGCAGUGUCAUGGUGUUUUCUAAUGACAAGGGUGUUGACAAAUCCAGGCAAAAAUAAAGGAAUCUGUCCUCACUACAGUAUAGCUUUCCUCUCAGGUCAUCUCUUUGCUUUUACGGCCUCCAAAGAAGACAGUUAUGUGCUAGUCACUUAUGAAUGAUGAUCAAGUCACAUGGUAGAACUGGAUAGCCCUAUGGAGUGGUUUUCAGACAUUUGGACAGAUCUCAUAGUACCAGGUGAUGAAACUGAGGUCACUGGGUUUGAGUUUUGGUACCUGUGGCUGGAUCGUGCAGGCCACUUUGUCUCAAUAGUUGAUCAUUUGUUCUGUUACUUCUGUUGUAUAAGAGAGACCUUCAGACCUACUCACACCAAAGCCUUGGUUUCUGCACAUUCAUUCUGAGCCUUUCACACACAGCAGUUCAUUAGUAUUUGCUCAUUUGUUUACUCCACAAACGGAUCUGCGCUGGAUGCUGGCAUAGAUCUGUGAACAAAGCUGAACAGUCCACCUCAUGGAUGUUUACAUUUUAUUUGAAGAGAGAGACAUUGAACAGCUGGUUGCCAGUAUUUAAUUAUAACUGUGGUAAAUCCAACAAGGGACAAGUAUUAGGUGGUAAGAGAGUGUCUAACCAGCAGAUCUGAGCUAGGGGUCAGGGAAUAGUAGAAAUCAAGCCUGGUGAGGGGCUGGUAGAGCAAUGGGCAGACCCUGGCCAACAGUUCACCAGUACACAUCCUGACAUCCAGAGGUGGAAGUGGGACAGUGGCGUGCUGGGUCAUGGUUAGUAUCCCAGCAUUUGCCAAGAAGACCAGAUAAGUCUGAAUAGCCUCUGCCCUGCCUACUACACACCCUUCAACCUCCACGCAUCAGGUCAGCAGUCCAGUACCUUCAGAUGAUGGCUUCUGACCUGACUUCUGAGAGGACUAGGUGCCCACAGCCUAAUUUCCUGACACGUGAAAAGAGAAGAGUGUUUCAGGACAUCUGUUUCCACAAGGAAAUUGUUGCCCAUUUAGCUUGAGAAGCAGUAGCUUCUUAGAAGAGAAGAAAGGGAACCUCAGUGGAAAAAGAAACUGCAUUUGAAAUUCAAUAAGAAAUUUCUCAAACGUGAUUCUCCUUUUUUAGAAAAAGUGUAUGGUAACUUAGCAUUUCAACUUCUUCUCUGGAUUCUCCCAUCUGCUUUUGUUCCUUCCCUCAUACCUCCACAGGUCUGACCAGAGUUGUUCUUGCCAGUAAUGGCAGCAGUUGGCAUAUCUCUCAGCUGCCCAUCAGGGAUGGGAGUGGUUUAUUUCCCUCCUUGCUGCAGUCUUAGAACUAAUCUGCAAUCACAUGUACCCCGGCACACAAGGGAGGGGUUAACUCGCUCCUUCCAGCUAAGUGGGGGUGGGACAGGAGUCUGGGGGCGGCAGGCAGUGGGGAGGUGGCACAGAGUAUCCGUGAGCUUUGUGCUUCUGUGAGAAGAGCAUGCAAUUAAGCAGGUAGGUGCAUUUGGCUUUUUAACAUUUAUGCAGUUAAUUGCUCUUUUUCCGUCUUCUGGCCUUGUGCUCCUAAUAUGUAAUCUAAUAGCUUUUUUUUUUUUGUAAUGGCUGGCACCUCAAAGACCACUUUUUGCAUGUUGAUUAGACUUAGAACGUUUUGGGGUUUUUGCUCAUCUGAAUCCAGGAAUCUGAAAGAUAAAUGUUUUCUCUCUCUGCUUUUAAUUUUUUUGUUUAACUGUUCAUCCCCUAGGCCUCCCAGUAACACUGGAUGCAGGAGACAAUACAUUGGCAGUGAAAAACAAGCUGAACCAGUUGUAGUUUUAGAUCCUGU